AUGAGACAUUCCACAGCAGAGGACAAAGUAGAUGUUACCGUGGAGACUCCAGUAGAGACCACGGACCGACAGGCUGCUGGGGAGGGGCUGGUGGUUGCUACGGGAGACGAUGGAAUGGCUAGAACAGAAAUGCCCACCUCCACCAUCACCACCACCCUGCUAGAGGACGAAGGAAAGAGUGGAGUCAAUGUUGAGGAAGAGGAGGUAGAGGAAGGGCCUCUGCAACCCACGGCAGACCAGCUGGAGGUGGAGCAAACCACAGCAGACCAGCCAGAGGUGGAGCAAACCACGGCAGACCAGCUGGAGGCGGAGCAAACCACAGCAGACCAGCUGGAGGUGGCGCAAAUCAUGGCAGACCAGCUGGAGGUGGCGCAAACCACAGCAGACCAGCUGAAGGCGAAGCAAACAAUGGCAGGACAGCUGGAGGCAGAGCAGAUGAAACCUCUACAUGACCUGCAGGCAGAAAGGGACAAACUCAGCCUGCGGAACAGCCAGCUACUACUACAACUGCUCCACCACAUCUGCAGAAAGGCACCAAACGAGCCUCAUGCACUACACGGGACCACUGACAUCUCUGAGCUGGAGCAGCGCUACCUGAAGCUCCUGGACACCGUCGAGAACCUGGCGAGGCAGCAUUGCAGUGACUCAGAACUGCACCUGCAGCAGGCCAUAGAUCUGCACCAGCAGAGCCAAGAAAAGGUGGAGCAGGUGGAGCGGGAGUGGAAGGCCUGGGCGGAGGCCAGGUGUGAGGCGACCGUCGCAACCCUCAGCCGCACGCUAGGCAGACGGACAGCCCUGGCCCAGGCCGAGAGGCUUGGAGAGGCCAUGCAGAAAGGCGAGGAUGACCUCGCCGGAAACAUGAGGCUCAAGAUACACGUACAGAAGAUGGAGGCCACGCUGAAGGAGAAGGACGAGGGGAUAAACCUGACGCUGGACGAGGGGAUAAACCUGAUUGACUUCGAGCAGCUGAAGAUUGAGAAUCACACCUACAGCAAGAAGAUUGAGGAACGCGACGAGGAACUCCUCAAACUCAGGAAGAAGAUCUCCAGCACCCUGCAAGUGCUGAGCCACGUGAAGGAGAAGCUUCAGUUUGUGCAGGUGGAGAAUCAGGCCAAGCGGGACCGGCUGGUGCAGGCGCAGGUGGUGGUGGAUCAGGGGAGGGACAUUCUCACACGGACCAAGCAGGCAAGAGACGCGCUGCGUGCAGACAACCUGCGGUUGCGCCGGCGCUGCAGCCUGCUGGGAAAUGCCACGCUGCUCCGAGACUUUGAGGAGAAGGUGGACGCAUACAAAGUCCUGGAGGAGCAACUGGAGAUGUUGAAGAGACGACAUGCAGAGCUCAGUGUCAGAGGGGCAGGGGUGCGGAGAAAGGUGGAGAAGGGCAGAGCACUGACACACACACACUGACACACAUACAUACUUAUCCAAACACAGACACAGACACACAAAUACUCACACACA